AUGGAAACAAGGAAUCGCAAACAGCGCCGUGCGGCAGCUGGAUCUUCUAAAAAUAACGAACCUGAAAUAACAAUGGCUCAUCCCCCACGCGACGAUCCGACCAAAAACCAACCAACCGUCGAGCGCACAUUAUAUGAUAUCAUCGCAGAGCGGCAAAGCGGCCUCCAACAAAAGGGAGGAUCAAUUCCACCUUCGGUAGAAGGACAGGGCAUCCCAUCACAGUCAGGGGGGACCCGAUUCGUGACAGUUGAUGCGUCUGGGCAAUUGGUCGACACCGACGGCGACAUCAGCAGCCAUCUCUCAUCAAGUGGCCCGCAAAAGACCAAAAAUAGUCAGGGUACAAAUGAAAACACUGUCAAGCAAUCCGAAUCCGACUCUGAACCCGACAAACUUCUCCCACCAUUCCUCGACACAAUUCUCCUUUCCCUGCCUCUUACAACCCUCCACCUCACCCUGAGCUACCUCGCAGCCCACCAAUACGCCGAAAAUACGGAUCUACCAAAACUCUUCAAAGAAUCCGUGACAACUGCUUUCCCUCUUCUCACUUUAUUCGUUCACCUGGCACAUGGUCAUAUCAUCUCCUUCAAAAAGCGCUCUAAGAAUGGAGCGGCAGAGCCUGCUCCUAUUUCUUUGUUCCCAUUUACAAGUGACAAAUUCACCGUUUCAUUCCUACGACAGCUAAUCUUCCCGCCUGCACUACGGACUCUGGUGUUUCUUCCUGUUGCUGCGGUGCUAGGUGCGCAUCUUAUCGCUAUCACGAACGGAGAGCCAUAUUAUGCGGUUAUGAAGAAGGCGCCUGCUGUUGGGACUAUUUGGAUUUGGUGUAUUCUAGAGUUAUCAUUUGGACCGGCUGUGCUUGGGGCAUUGGGACCUUUGGUUUGGGGUGUUUGGUGGAAGGGCUAUGGUAUUGUUUGA